CUCGGGGGUGGGAUGCGGAGAGCCUGCAGGGAGCGCGGCGUGGCUGCGCCGGCUCCGGAGCUCUGGGCGUGCGCGCUGCGCUCUGGCGGAGAGCGCGCCCCGCUCCACUUUUAUUUCCCCGUGGCGGACCACGUUGAGAACAACAACAGCCUGGGCCCAGGCCAGCGCCAACUUGUGCUUCUUGGAGUGCCUUCCGCGGCCGCUGCCUCCUCCGCCCGCGGCUUCCGGGCGCGGGUGCACCCUCAGCAGUGUGCCCUGGCCAGGGUCCGAGCCCGCUGUGCGGCGCAGAGGCAGCCUGCACCUAGGAGGAGCUCGGCGGAGGGGCACAGAGGGCAUGCCAGAAGAGGGUGCCAGAUUGCCUGGAGUUAUGGCAGUUGUGAGCAGCCCCGUGGAUGCUGGAAAUUAAGCCCUGAGCCUCUGGAAGAGCAGCAAAUGCAGUCAUACUCUUGCCCAGCCUGGUUGGACAUACCUGCCAUCCUAACACGGGGAGCACUUGGAACAGUCAGUCGGUGCGGAGAAGAAAGGACCCUUCACAUGGCAGUGUCCAGACGCCGGUGCCAGCUGGUGGCACAGGGAUCAGCUUGCUUGGGAAGGAGGAUGGAGCUAAAGAAAAAGAGGACACAGGUACCCAUGCCCGUGCCUUAGAAUCCUCAGAGGAUGCGCUGCAGAGGGAGACAAGGAUCUGAAAGAUGUUUCGAGAUAUUUCUUGUCUUUCAGAUGGGUAGUCAUCAGCAAAGCUUCCCCCAGACUGCGUCCUUAGCCACUGCAGUCUCUGGGUCAUGGGCCUAAGAAUGGAACACUGAUAUUUUUCUGCACAAUGGUUAACCGAAUCUCCACAGCUGUGAGCAGACUCUGCAUGGGCUCAGUGAUCAGACUGGUUUCUUACUGGGGAAGCUUUGGAGGCCAGUUCUGUGUUCCUUAAGUACUUGACAAUUUCUCCUGAGAGUUGUCAAUAAGGAAGACUUUCGGGAGAGCCUCCAGAAGCAACGAAGUUUUACUGGGUGUAGCAGAAACCCCUGGCUGCUGUAGGGUCUGGAGAACAAAGGGUUAAACUUGAGGACUCUGAAGGCAGAGUGGGAUGUUCUGAGUACCUGGGGUGCUUCUCCUAGGUCUGGCUUCCCAUGGUUAAGUGGGGGUGGGGGUAGCAUCUAGUUGCACUUCAGACAUUCCUUCCCCCUGGUCUGGCUAUGGCAUGGUCACUGUGUCAGGGACUUCUGGAGGACAAAGGUACUGCUAUCCUAGUGGCCAUGGGUGCCCUUGCACCUUGGGUACCACAAAUACUUUUCCUCCCAAUCAGAUAUUCCCUCCCCACACACUAGGGGUGCCUUUAAGCUAUUGAGGAUCCUCCCUCUCUGUGAGGACAGUGUCACAGGUGCUCCUGGAUCCUCCCUCUCUGAGGACAGUGUCACAGGUGCUCCUGGGUGCUCCUUGUUGGCAACCUUGAACACUUGUCCUGAUGGUUGUGUGGUGAGAUCCAAGAGGAAAGGUGUGUAUGAAGAGCCACUGUUGACAAAUGGGCAGACUAGUUGGCAGUUGGCAGGCCCAGCAUGUGUCUGAAAGGACCUGUAAGCUGCAUGUAACCUGUUUCAGUUGGAUGACAUUAGUCUCAGAGACAGGUCACCUGUCUUCUAGCAAUUGUUAUUGAGGACUAGAUGGGAAUAAGCUAUCAGAGGCAAACCUGUGAGCUCUCAGCUGUGGCUGGUAAUGGGCUAGAGGGAUUGGCUUGUGAAGGCUCAGAAGAAAGUUUGAGAAUCCCUUGAAGACUCUCAGGGCAUUUAUAUGAUCCAUGGUUUCUGGUCAGCUGGGGCUGAAGAGUUGGCUGUGAUUAUUAAAAGAGCAGUGUGAUGGAGGCUAAUCUUCUGGAAGUAGUUCUUCAGGGUCAGUACACAGGCUGUGGUCAGAGGGACCACGGCUGUAUCCCAUGCCUGCAGCCAAACUUGGUGAUGUGUUCAGAGUCUCCCACAGGACACUGGGUUAGUGGCAAGAGCUGCAGGAGGUGCCAGGACGGGGAGGGCCCCUAAGAGCAGCAGCAGAUAUGGAGAGGAGCUGUGUGCCGUAGAAGGCAGAGCUGGAAAAGCGCUGCUCAGGCCCUCUGGAGCCCAGACUGUGAGUGGGUCCAGACUGGACACUGAGCUCUGAUUGUGACUGUGCCCUGGUUCUUCCCUCUUGGAAUUAGGAGGGUAGGUUUGGUCUUUGUUUCUCUGGGAUUUCUGCAAAUGACCCUGCAUUGGUAGGUGGGUGGAUCUCAGAAGAAGCAGAUGGUACUGGCUUCUGGGCUUCUCCUAGUAUACCAACAGGCUAAGGAGUGGGAGUCUAACCUACCUCCUUCCCGAAGCUGUCUCCAACUCUGACUGGUCACUAGAUCGUGUGAGGCUGGGGCAGAGCAGCACCCAUCACACAGGCCCUGUGAGGGCCUUCCGGUUCCUCUCAGGUUUGUGGGGUCUAUUAAAGGAGAACACGGGCAGACAGGAGGGGACUGAGCCAUGAUGUAGAAAUCCUAGUUUAGUCUGGUCUCUCCCUG